CACAGUAUGCAAAGGGUGGUGCCGGCUGGAGUCUCCCCUCAGGAAUUACCCGCAGUGGACCUCUGUGCUGAUGACGAAAGCAUUCCUGACACUCAACCUUGCGAAAAUUAACCAGGAGCCUGAUGUGCUGGAUAUUAUCCGAGCAUUUCGCCAGGUGGUUGUCGAAGGCAGAACCUUAAAUUGCACCAAUGAAGCCACAGAUGACUACGAAGGGGAUACCUAUGAUAUCAUGAUCUCUCGAUCUGACAUAUUCAACAGCAUGGUAGACGAGUUUUCAGCCCCCACCCACAAUGCCAGACUUCCACUCAAGGUUGACUUUAUGGGGGACCGUGGUCAUGACUUAGGUGGCCCCGAAAGGAGUUCUUGCGCCUCGCCUUGGCACAAAUAUUUGAACGGCUUACAUCCGGUCCAGACUACUCCAGAGAACUUGAUUGCUCCAAUGUACCCUCCACUUUCAUAGAAAUAAUUUAAGGUAUUCUAUGUGGCAGGAAUCAUCAUUGGUAAGUUUUAAAAAAUGGAUAGAAAGGGAGUGUUGAAGAAGAUUUGACACUGAGG